AUGCAAAAAUUAAUUAAUUAUGUACGAAAUUAUAAUGAAUUUACAUUUGAUACUGACGAUGAAAAAACAACCAAACAAUUAGCAUUAAUUCAAAUUCAAACAAUACCUCAACAAUUACCAUUUUUUGUUAUAUUAGUAGAACUUGCACAUUUACCACCAAUUCAUUCAUUAAUUCAUUUACAAAUUAAACAAUUAUUUGAAUUAAUUUUUAAAUUUAGAAAUAACAUAUAUUCUUGGGAACCAUUGCGUAAGGAAAUUUAUCCAGCUAUUGUUUAUCAAUGGUUUGAAUGGCCAAUUAAAACAUCAAUGGCAAAUCUUCAAUUUGAAUUUGCUGAUUGGUAUAGUUGGGCACUAUCUCAUUGCGAGAUGUGUAGCCUGUUAAAUCGUCGUAAUAUUAUUAUUAAUGAUAUUAAUUCUGAGGGACAAAUGAAUUUAUUAUCAAAAUAUACUUGUCAUAAACCAAGUUCUUAUCGUCCUAAUGAACCAUGGGCAUUACAACAAGCUUUAAUUUAUACAUAUGGAAUGUUUAUUGACAAGUCAAUUACUGUUAAUAAUUGGGCAACUAUAUUAGAUCCAACGUACUCAACUUUAUCAACAUCAAAGAGAAAUAAAAUGAUACAUUACGCGAUAUAUGAUUGUUUUGCAGCAAUAUGUUUAAUUCGACUUGUUACAUUAUAUUGGACAUUUCAACAGGUAAAAAAAAUUAAUAUUCUUGAUUCAUUUCAGGCAUUACCAUCAUCAUCACGAGCGAAUAACAACCCAACAAAUACAAAUAUUAAUCAACAAAUAAUUAAGAAUAUUAAUGAUGAUAUUGAAUUAAUCUCCGAUGAUGAUGAAGAUGAUGAUGAUGAAAUAACAGUUAAUCAAUGUAUUAAAAUUACUAUUAAUAAUGAUGUGUUAUAUGAAGAAAUUUCAAAUGAUGAUAAUAAAUUAAAUAAAGCAUUAUCACUAAAUAAUAAUGAAUCAUUAUAUGAAGCAAUAUCAGAUGAUGAUAAUCAACCAAAUCCUGCAUCACCACCAUAUGAUAAUGAUUUAUGUGUCAGCAACCAUUCUAUGGUUGAUGAUGUCAGUGAUUAUGAACAACAACAACAAUCUUUAACCAAGAAACGUCAAUUAUAUAGUCGAACACGAUCAGCUGAAGCUCGAAAACGACGAAAUCGAAAAAGAAAUCUUUAUUUCUGA